AUGGCGACUUUAAGCACUCUCACUAUAUCUGACGACCCGACUGCGUCCACUCUCAAGAUUGCAGCGGUCGGCUGCGGUCAUGGGGAGUUGGACACAAUCUAUGCGAGACUUGAAAACCAAUGUGAAGCAAAAGGAUGGACUCUCUCGGAUAUUGACUUUCUCAUCAUCUGUGGUGACUUUCAGGCUAUUCGAAAUGACCUCGACUUGAAUUGCAUGUCUGUUCCUCGACGGUAUCUACGCAUGGGAGACUUUCACAAGUACUACAGCGGUAACGCAAAAGCUCCAGUCUUGACUCUGGUGAUUGGCGGUAACCACGAAGCAUCCAACUAUCUUUUCGAGCUGUAUCACGGAGGCUGGCUUGCGCCAAAUAUUUACUACCUAGGUGCGGCUGGAGUCAUCAACUAUGGACCUUGUCGCAUUGCUGGACUUUCAGGAAUCUACAACCCGUCGGAUUAUCGCAAACCUCACGACGAGCGACUACCAUAUGACAGAGAUCUCAUCCGGUCGAUUUAUCAUGUCCGAGAAUAUGAUGUGCAAAAGCUGCUUCAGGUCACUCAACCAGUCGACAUCGCUCUUAGCCAUGAUUGGCCUACGUGGGUUGAGCUGUUCGGGAACCAUGAACAGCUCUUUGCUGAGAAGCCUCACUUUUUUGCAAGUGCCAAAGUUGACAACCUCGGAAGCAAACCUGCGGCAGAAGUUUUAAAUCGUCUUCGGCCCUCACACUGGUUCUCGGGACACAUGCAUGCCAGAUUCGAGGCGACAGUUGAGCAUCGCGGUUCAAAGAUGGAGGAGUCAGUCCUACAGUUGGAUCUACCUAAUUCUCUCAAGGAUGUUCUUCCGCUUUUCAAGCCUCGACGUGGAUCUUCACAGGAAAUUCCACAGUCCUCGGACAAGAACCAGCAAACGCAAUUCCUUGCCUUGAGCAAGGUUGGUCAAGACGUUGCAAGUUACAUGGAACUGAGGGAGCUGGAGAUACCCACACGCUCAGCCGAUGCCCACAUGGAAACCACAAGCGAAGGAAAGUUUCAUCUUUGCUACGAUGCAGAGUGGUUGGCCAUCACUCGCGCCUACAAUGACACAUUGAGGAUUCCAGAUCCUGAGACUCUCAUCGUACCUCCACACAAGGGCAAACAAAAGUCUGCUGCAUCUAGCAUUCCCAAACACAAAGAUUGGGUCAAGGAGAACAUCGUCGACAAAGGUCUCUUGAGAAUUCCCAACAACUUUGCCAAACAUGCGCCCGAGUACGACCCCAACGUUGGCCAGAGACGAGAGCAGCCUCUGGAGUAUCCGAACUACCAGACGGCUGAGUUUGCAAAGUUGUUGGGAAUUUCCAACAAGUUUCACCUGGAGGAUAGUAUUUGA